UGCUGCCACCUGGAAAAACAACAAGAUACGAGACCUACUGAGAAAUAUUAACCUUUAUAUUAACAUAACAGCUUCCCUCUUCUUGCAGCAGGUGCAGUGUCAUUUGUUUUCUCUUGUUUUUGCGCAACUUGUUCUCAAAAAUGCACUGCCUGCAAUUAGUCCAGACAACUCUAAAGACACAAACAAUAAAACAACAUCCUGUUUAUUCAACAACCCUCGCCCUUAUCUCUGAAUUGUGUUCGGCGUAAAUCCAUAAAGGGAUUUUCUGGGAAAAGCCUUGUUAGUUUACCAGACGGAUCCAAGGGGUGGGAUUGGUAAGGACGGGAAAACUGCUUGCUCAUCCUAUAUCAGCAGGAGUGUAUGAGUCAGCGCUUGCUCUGUUACACCCAGAGUUGUUGCAACACACACACUCACACACACACACACACUCCCUCUAUCUCUCCCUCCCUCUCACAUACUCACACACAGGCCAUAUGACUGAGUCAAGCUCAGUUUUUAGUUUGUAGCAGAGUUGAGAUAAGGCUUUCUGGGAAACGUAGCCUGGUUGGACGGCAUUCCAUUUAGAAAUAACCAUGUCUGCUCGGCAGCUGCGACUUUCUUUAACACUCUAAGAAACUUGGAUAUAUAAAGUCAGCCUUGUAAGAUGUCCCUGAUGGCCACGUCUGCCCCCCGGUCGUCUGUGUUUACAUUUGAGUCUACAGUGCAUUCCUCCCAUGUGCUGCGCUGCCUGGACGAGCAGCGUCGCCGAGACACGCUGUGUGAUGUUACCGUGGUGGUGGAGGGUCAGAGUUUCAGAGCCCACCGCUCAGUGCUCGCUUCCUGUAGCGAGUACUUCACACACAGGAUCUCGUCCCUCACGCAGCCCGGAGCGGUCAUCACACUGCCACAAGAGGUGACUGUUGCUGGCUUUGAACCCUUGCUGAAGUUUGCCUACACAUCCAAACUUCUCUUCGAGAAAGACGAUGUCUUAGAAAUACGCAACUCGGCUUCCUUUCUUGGUUUCAGAGACCUAGACGAGGCGUGCUUUGAUUUCCUCCUCCCUGCGUUUUUUUCUAGCAGCAAGGGCUCUGUUCCGAGAAAGAGGUGCUGUAAGAAGAAAGAGCGAUUGUCAAAGGAAGACUGUGCCAUUGACUCUUAUGACGUAUUGUUGGAUGGGAAAGAAGUAAAACCAGUUGCUGACUCACCAUCUCAGCAGGAAGUGGCUGGGCACUGCAACAAAUCAGUGAUCAGCAAAAUGGGAAGUCAGAACGACAAAGGCACUCUUACACCUGUAGCUGAAGUGACAAACAACCUUUUUAUGCAGUGUCCUAAGUAUCGCAAGUUCCAGCUGGCUUGUGGGAAGGAAACUUGUGUCACAGAGAAAAGUCUGAACAACCCAGCAACAGUAAUCAGGGAUGACUGUGACCUCUCCCGCUCGCCCUCCAGCAGUGUGAACAGCAAGAAUGAAACUGACGUCGAAUUCCCUGGUAAUUCAGCCUCUAAUUCCGCCAGACACAGCAAAGGGAGGGCUGAUGAGCCAUGGAAAACUGAAAUGCAUGACAAGAAAACAGAGGAUGGUGGGGGCGGAGGGGAUGUGAUUGAGAAAGACACACAUGAAAGGCCGAGAAAAUGGAAUAAGAAGGAAAGAGAGAUGGAUAUGGAGGAAGGCAUCGGCUCUUUAGACAGAUGCAAUGUUAAGGCAGUCUCCUCAGGGCCAAGCACAGCGCUGGGUGAGAGGUCACCGGGGUUAAUAUUGCACCAAUGUCCCCUGAAGACCUUUAGCGAGGGCCCUGCAAUCACUGGGUCACUGGGGCACAAGAGGUUUGUCAUGGACGUUAAAGAUGACGAGAAAACAAGGGACUCUGGUGCACCAGUAUCCGUUCAUCAAAAGGCAGAGGAACAGGUGGAAGCGGACCGGAAAAGGGCAGAUGAUCAGAUAGAUCCUGGCUGGCAAGAAAGAGGACACAUGGAGAGAGCGGCGGCCCUGUCUGUAAUAAAUACCAGAGAAAGGAGCACCGUGGAAAGGGAGGUGGCCGAGCACCUGGCCAAGCGGCUGGGGUCCGAAGUGGGCUUGUCUCAGCUGAACAUCCAAGACCCCGAUGCAGGAAGUUCCUCCGAUACAGGAAGCGGACGGGCCUGGAACACAUCUUUAGAGUGGCCGAAGUCCCACAACCUGAGCUCCACAAACGCCAGCUGUCCCCUUUUCCAGGAUCUGGACCAAAGCAAAGGUUUAUGGAAGGGAGCAGAGCUGUCUGAGUGCGAGGGGGCGUCACAGUCAGGUGUGUCAUCCCUCAACUCGGGGGAGGAUGGAGACUCGGAGACAGAAACAGAAGGAGACAGUGAGUCCUACACAAGAGAGAGGGCCAGACAGGUGCAGUUGCAAUUUGAUGUAAAGUGGAUUGUGGAUAUGAGCAGAAAUGACUUCCAACAGCUGCUAAAGCAACAGGUCUUUACGCGUGAACAGCUGGAGUUUGUCCACGACAUGAGACGGCGCAGCAAAAACCGUCUCGCAGCUCAACGUUGCCGCAAGAGGAAACUAGACUGCAUAUAUAAUCUGCAGUGUGAAAUCAGCAAACUGAAGACAGAGAGGGAGAAACUGAUGACGGAGAAGAGCCACCUGAGCCAGCUGAAGUCGAAAACAUGUCACAGCGUCUCUACGUUAUGCCACAGGGUCUGCAAUGAAGCCAACCUGCAGCCAGAGCAGCUCCAGGUGUUAGCCAAAUACAGCUCCCCGGACUGCCCUCUGAACUCUUUCUUUCCUCACAUAGAUGCACUCCUUUCACAGCCCGGGUUCCUACUCCAGCCUCAGGCUCCACUCUCGGCCCGUUUUGAGGGCCUUAAUAAGUAUAUGGCGUCUGAGGAGGCUUCAUCCAGCUCCACAACGGAUCAAGUCACAGGAGAUGGUCAACAUUUGCUUUAGAUACACAUUCAGCACACAUACAUGCAGCACGAGAUGUCAAACCAGUUAUUAAACGGUUCCCACCCUGUAUUAUACAGCAUCAGAAGACAUUACCACGGGACUGUGGACUGGUGCAGGCUGCAUAAUAAGGCAGUGGCAUGCAUGCGAUACAUUUAUAAUGAGAAUGUCGUUAUCAGCACAAAUUUUAAUUAACUCCUGCUACCUUUUCAAUUUAAAACACGAGACUUCAAUUAAGAGGUCAGGGAUGCAUUCCAGCUGUCCAAAACCAUUCACUUUACUGUUAUACCAAUUAUAAGUCUCCGAUGACCUUCUGUAGCGAAUGUUUCACGCUUUGCAAAUUUGUUUUCUGGUUAAAGCUGAAAAGCACCUGCUUACAAAUCAACGAAGGCAGGGUGCAUGUUGAGAAUGUUAAAAUUUUAGCAGCGAGACAAUCAUUAAUCAUAAAUCAAAGGGAACAAUGGACUCUAUACUUAUAAUGUGCUUCACUGCUCGAUUACCUCAGGAUGACACACUUCAUUCAUACACAUAUGUACUUUAAUUGUUUAAAAAAAACACAUUUUGAUACAGGUUCUCAGGUGUUAAUAGGACAAUUCAGCAUACAAUACCUCUUGCAGACAGUGUUGAUUCUGCCCUCUCUAUGUAGAGUGCAACACAAAACAGCAUUUUGCACCAAAACCAGAAAACUCAAUAAACCGACUUGACAUUGUGUGCCAUGUUUACCUUCUAGUCAUACAUCUGGCUAUCAUGUUUCAGGCUGUCAUUGUGGUCGUCUGGCCACAGUGACGCCGCUCUUCUAGGUUGCACACAGCUCUCAGAGCUUUGCUUUGACUCACUAAAACAGACCUCACAAAUUUGCCUAAGUGCUGUCGAACGAAAGUGCACCUCGGCAGAGCUUUUAUACAUGAACAAAGUACACUUUUAAGAGAAACGCUGCCUCACUCUGGGUAAUGAAAAUCAUUUGUCCACACAGUACGUGCCUGUGGAAGGUAUUGGACUCUUCUAUCUUAUGGAAAUAUUGUGUGCUACCCAUAACCUGAUUAUCUUCAACACCCUUAUCUAAAUUACUGUAAAGGGUAAAGUUAAUAAUGUAGCAAUAGUAACUUAGGUAUUGUUCAACCUGAACACUAUUCUUUUAUGUUUUUGUGUCUAAUUGACUAAUAGGGCGGCAAUGUAAUCGGCGGGCACCCUGGCACCGUCAAUUCACAUCCACUAAUUGACUAAAAGUGACUGUUUUGCCAUUAUCCUGCCAUGCCACGGACGUCAUAUCGCGAGAUUUCAACGAGACUCUUUCCAUAAUGCCAGACAUUUAUAAUAACAAUCAGAGCCCGUCAGUUGCAAAAACAACAACAACGGUGGCCCGAUAAGAUUACAUUACAGCCCAAUUUCAGAGAGUGUUGUCCCUUUAAGUCAGUUAGACACAAAAACAUAGGAAAAUAGGGGUUGAAAAAUACUGAAGUUACCAUUUUUAACUUGUUGAUGCAUGCAGGAGGCUACGAGCAUACAGUAUGUAUUGGUGUCUCCUGUACUAACAACACAACUAUUUCUAUUAGUUUUGUGCAUCCCAUUCAUUACUCCAUUUUCUGCAGCUUUUCUAUUGACUUUCACCUAUAACCUUUCACCCAUUUUCUCCCUGCUUAUAAGCUAUAGUAGAUCUCUGGCACUCAGGACUCCUCACAGAAAACCAGCUUUGCAACAAUCCUCAUGAUCAAGUUUCACUGUAUCAUAUGUGCAUAUAUUUAUAGAUUUUUUUUUCACUCGUGAUUAAUCAUUACAGUGCAGAUGGUCUUAAAAUCAUUUUUGUAAAAUAUGAAAUAAUACAGUAAAUAUGAAGUGUAUAAAAUCAGGUUGAUUUUAUGAGGAAAUGUUGAGUGACCACAUUGUAUUUUUGAGGACAGUGGGGUUUUGAUGGUGUUAAGAUGUCAUGACACAAGAAUGUUUUCUCCCACCAAGCACAUUCAAAGUGUGAUGCAUGAUAACACUGGUGCUUAUUGCCCUCUAGUGGCAGUGCCUGUACAGUCAAUCGACUGACAGCUGUAUGAUGUGUACUCAGUAUAUGUUGCACAAAUUGCUCUAUGAUUGUGUUCCUUUAUUUUUAAAAUGAACAAAAAAUACUGUACCUUUCUGACAAUGUCCAAAUGGAUUCCUGCAUUUUUUUUUAAGCAAAAGUGAAACAGAACCAAUCAACAUUAAAACAGAAAAAAAUGCUAAAAGA